AUGGUGAAUCAGAAGACGACGAGCCUAUCAUGACUGAGAUGUGGCUGUUGCCUGAAAAUAAAGAUAAUCUGAAUCAAAUAUAUCAGAUUAUGAAUGAAUGUCAAAUUAUGAAUCCUGAUGAAGAGAACAAAGAUGACAGUGGUGGAGAUAGUGAUUUUGAGGAAUGGCAUGAGAACGGAGGAGGUGAUAUAGAACGAUUGUCCAUAAAUGAUCCAGAUGAUCUUGAUGAUGAUGGACAAUUUGAAGAUGCUGAAUAAUUUAGAAUAACUAU